AUGGGCCCGACUCUCCCUGUCACCCUCCCAGAGGGGCGCCUGCCUCCAUCAGGUCGCCUGUCUUCUCACGGUCAGAAGACCCACUUCGCUGCGCCCCCACAAAGGCCACUAGGAUCUCAGGGGUCUCCCGCAGCAGCCGUCAGCCCCGGGCAGCGCCGGCUCUCGCCGCCAGGGGGCGCUGUCGGGGGCGGCGCGGAGAGAGGGGGCUUGCGGGGCCGCGGUGUGCGGGCCGGGGCGGGGGUCGUGGUGGGGGCUUGGAAGGGGCUGCGAGGACUGGCGCAGGGGGCCUGGCCUGGAAGUGGGACGAGGGCUAGGAGCGGGGUGCGGGCCCGAGGGGCAGGCGGGGAGGGGGAUCAGAUCGGGGCGAGCGGCCAGGGUAGCUGUCCCCGUGCGGGUGGUCGUGACCGCCCUGCGGUGCGUCCCCCAUUGUCCCCGAAGUCCGUCCGCCGUUCCGCCGGAGGACCCGUCUCUGCCCGCGUCGCUGCCGCGGUGGAGGCUGCUGCCGGGUUGCGGGGUUCCCUUGGGCACACUCGACCCCCCAGCCAGAUGUUCCUGUCCGCAGCGACCCCCCACCCCGCAGCUGCACCCAGCUACGGAGUUGUGAGCGUGGUGUAGUGAGGGAAACCGAGGCGAGGGGCUGCGACUGAAGUGUUGACGCCGCCUGGUCUAUGGUCUUUUAUUUUCUCUGCGCAACCUCCAUGCACAGCGUACCCUGAUGAUGCUGUCAGAAUAAAAACAGUAAUGGAAACAGCCUCCGUUCGCUUCGCACCUUCAG